AUGAUUUUUAAUAAGUAUCUAUCUAUCUAUCUAUCUAUCUAUCUAUCUAUCUAUCUAUCUGUGUCAGUUGAUAAACUUUCCUAUCAUAGUUUCUAUAUACCAGUUCAUAUCUACCAAUGUCGGAUUUAUGCAUUUAUACUUCUAUCUAUCUAUCUAUCUAUCUAUCUAUCUAUCUAUCUAUCUAUCGUACAGUUCUAUGCUGAAUAUUCUAUCAUGACCAUUGCUUAUUUAUCCUCGGUUCCAGAGAUCAAUCCGGGCGCAAAUUCAGACAUUCUUCUUAUUUCCAUUUCAUUCGUACUGAUGAACAAACAAUUUGCAGUUCUCUUUUUACACACUGAGAAACGAAGUCUUGAAAGAUUUACGUCAUCGGGACUGAAGUAUUGUCUGCCCGAUGGCAUUUCUUGUUUGAUGUAUUCCAGGUAUGAGACAGGCAACAGUAUAAUUGAAUUACGAGGCUGGCGCGUUUUAUUUAUUCAUUUACUUAGAAACACUUAUUUCAAGAUGUUAUGUCACGUGAAACCCAAACCACCUGAUCGAGAGAGCCGCCAAACUCGUUUUGCAAGAAACAAUAGAGCAAGGCCUUUGAAAUGUGCGUGCACCAACCCCGUCACUAAUGAUGCUUCAAAAUCUAACCGACAUGAAGAAAUACAGGAUGUAACGCCCUCUUCGACGUUGUCAUACAAAUACUUUCCCCUAAAUCAAUCGAGAUCGACUUUCUUGCAAAUCAGGUUAAUGGGUACAACAUUCUAUCUAUCUAUCUAUCUAUCUAUCUAUCUAUCUAUCUAUCUAUCUAUCUAUCUAUCUAUCUAUCUAUCACUUUCUUCAUUUCUUUAUCUCCUUACAGAGGUAAAUCUUCGCAUAUUAUAG